AUGACUGCCCUCUCACAUGCGCGGCGCCUCCUCGUAGAAUUCAAGGCGAUGGGUGCCGGCUAUGCCGCCUUUGGUGCCGGGAUGGGCGUACUUUGUGGGGCCGUCGAUGGUCCUGCUCCGGCCAACGAGCCACCAACACGAGCUGCGGAGCUAGUUCCCGGCGAGCGGCCCUCUUUCGCUGCGGUGAAAGAGCAAGUCUCCCACCAUCCAAGGGAGCUGGGAGUCGUCCGUCAGCUACUGCUUACUUUCCCGGGGAUUUGCCUAGCUCUGCCGCUGGGGAGACGUGGCCAUGCAGCAGGGGCGCCCUUUGCUUCGAUGGCCAUUUGUGUCACCGCACUUAUCUGGUGCCCUCUGCUCCUCUACCUCUAUGGAGGUUAUCCUGCAGGGGUUGCGCUUCAUCGCCACUUUGCUGCACGCUCGGAAUAG